CAUCUUCUUCCUUUUUUGUUUUCCCUUUCACAUAAUGAAGUUAAAUACUUUACGUUUACUUAAUAAUAAGAUUGUUUUUAAAAGGGGUUUUCAUUCUUCUUUAAAUUCAUUAGGUAUUGUUAAGCCCUUUUUAUUAGCUGAUAUCGGUGAAGGUAUUAGAGAAUGUGAAAUUAUUCAAUGGUUUGUUAAACCAGGUUCUACUGUUCAAGAAUUUGAUAGAAUUUGUGAAGUUCAAUCUGAUAAAGCCUCGGUCGAAAUUACUUCUCGAUACUCUGGUAAUAUCGUGAAAUUACAUUAUGGGGAAAAUGAAAUGGCAAAAGUAGGAUAUCCGUUAGUAGAUAUUGAAACUGAAGAAGAGAUGAAGGAAGGAAUAAAAGAAGAAAAGGUCCUUUCAGCAGCGAAUACAAUAACUAAAAAUAGUUCAACUUGGGAGAUGCCAUCUGUUCGUCGGUUAUUAAGUGAAUACAAGUUGAAAAUAAAUGACAUUACUGGGACUGGAAAACAUGGACGUGUCAUAAAAGGUGAUGUUCUUGAUUAUGUCAAAUCAAAUUCUUUGCAAAAAGUUGAAAGAAAACAAGAAUACAUUACUACAGAGUCGUCCCCUUCUUCUUUCGCUAAGACAGUUCCUUUAACUGCUAUUCAAAAGGCCAUGUUCAAGACAAUGUCAAAAUCAUUAUCCAUUCCUCAGUUAGGCUAUAAAGAUGAAAUUGAAUUGAAUCAAGCUUCAGAAUAUCGUCUAGAACUUAAUAGAUAUAUCUCUAAUCAUCCUCAUUUAUUUCCUUUCAAAAAGAUUUCUUACCUACCCAUCUUUAUCAAAUCUUUAUCUUUAUCUUUGUCAUUUUAUCCUAUUAUGAAUGCUUAUUUUGAACAGAAUCAUGUUUCGUAUCGAGCUCAUCAUAAUAUUGGUGUGGCUAUGGACACUCCCCAGGGAUUAAUGGUACCUAAUAUAAAAAACGUUGAAAAGAAGUCCGUUUUCGAAGUGGCAACUGAGCUACAUAGAUUAACUGAAUUAGCUAAAGCAGGCAGUCUUACUCCUUCUGAUCUCAAGGGAGGAACAAUCACUCUAUCCAAUAUUGGCGCUAUAGGUGGAAUGUAUGCUAAUCCUGUCAUCGUCCCUAAUGAAUUAGCUAUUGUUGCUUUAGGUUCAGCUCGAAGGUUGCCUAGGUUUGAUUCUAACAAUGAGGAGAAAAUGGUUGCUAAACAAAUCUUACCUGUCAGUUGGUCGGCUGAUCAUCGAAUUAUUGAUGGUGCAACUAUUGCUCAGUUUGGAAAUAUGUGGAAAAGCUUUAUAGAAAAUCCUGCACUUUUUGCAAGUAAAUUACGCUAAUAGUUAGUGUAGAAGGAAUUAAAAUUAAAAAUAAAUAAUUAAAAUUUUCAAAAUUUAAGAAACACGGGUUUCUCUUUUUUUAUAUAUUUUAAUAUUAAAAAAAAAAUCAAGUGAAAAAUAAAAUAAAAUAAAAUAAAAUAAAA